AGAACCAGAGGGAGUCGGGGAGGUCGAGGCGGUGGGAAUGUACUGUAGCUCGGGCUGGGAACAGUGAAGGUUGUCCCGGUCGGUCUGGCAGCCUUCCUUUACCCGAGCCUGUGGAGCAGCUUGUCGGCCUCUUUGGCACGGACUCGACAGCGUUUGAGACGUGGGACGGCGGCUUACAUGCUGGACCGAACACGGCGGUAAAAACUGGAUCUCCACUGCAGUAUUACUCUUUGGAUAUCCAAUGGAGAACAGGUGGAGAGAGGGGCAAUGGGCGGAGGAGUAUCUCUCUGUCUGUUACUGAGACACUCGCAGACUCACCUCUGAUGCCUCUGGCAGCACUGAGCUCAUGGUGUGUGCUCGCUGGGAUCAACUAGUGGCCUGGCCAACGUUUCAACACACAACAAAGCCCACACAGGAUGUCGUGGGCCAGAAGGCUCUUUGUACGAAGAGUGGACGAGCGAAAAACAGCAUGGGGAGAGCGCAAUGGCAAGAAGCGAAAGGACAGUUCCUCACUGUGCCACCCCCGCUACAUGAGCUGUCUGCGGGACACUGAAGAUCUCGACUCACCUAAUGCAGCUUCUCAGCACUACCCUGGUGGAGCAGGCACCAGUGCAGGCAAUUACAACUUGCGCUGUGUAUGGCAGGAGGACCACUACCUGAAGAAACCCACAGCUGGAGAUGUGGGUUUGAAGGCUGUGGAUCUGGGCUUUGAAGAUGGUGACGUGAAGGGCAGGAAGGAUGAAGAACUGGGGGAGCGAGGAGAGGGCAGCUGCAAGGCCAUGAGUGCCGCAGACUGCUGGAGGAGAGUAGUUUGGGUUUUUCAAUCAAAGAAGUUUAGUUCAGCCAAGCUGGAACGCCUGUACCAGCGUUACUUCUUCAGACUCAACCAAAGCUCUCUGACCAUGCUAAUGGGGGUGCUGGUGGUGGUGUGUGGGGUCAUGCUGGUAUUUCACUGCAUCAAUGCGGAUCCCGACAUCGCCUACAUCUGCAUCCUCUCUAUUGCCAUGACCCUGUUCCUGGCUCUGAUGGUGGUAUGUAACCGUAAUGGCUUUCACCAGGACUACAUGUGGAUAGUCAGUUACCUGGUGAUGGGCGUGCUGAUCGUGGUACAGGUGUUUGGGGUGCUCAUGGUGCAGCCCCGCAGUGCUUCAGAGGGUGUCUGGUGGACCGUCUUCUUCAUUUACAUCAUCUACACUCUGCUGCCGGUGCGCAUGAGAGCUGCGGUCCUCAGUGGAGCAGUGCUGUCCAUCAUCCACCUGGUCACAGCCUGGCAACUCAACCAGGAGGACAAGUUCAUUUUCACACAGAUCAGUGCCAACGUGCUGAUCUUCCUGUGCACUAACAUGAUUGGGAUUUGCACCCACUAUCCCGCCGAGGUGUCCCAGAGGCAGGCCUUUCAAGAGACCAGAGGGUACAUCCAGGCCAGGCUACACCUACAGAGAGAAAACCAACAGCAGGAGCGCCUACUACUGUCAGUGCUGCCAAGGCAUGUUGCAGUUGAAAUGAAGGAAGAUAUCAAUGCCAAGAAGGAAGAUAUGAUGUUCCACAAGAUCUACAUCCAAAAGCAUGACAAUGUUAGUAUACUUUUUGCUGACAUCGAAGGCUUCACCAGUCUGGCAUCCCAGUGCACAGCACAAGAGCUGGUUAUGACGCUGAAUGAACUGUUUGCACGCUUUGAUAAACUGGCCUCGGAAAACCACUGCCUGCGGAUUAAAAUCCUGGGAGACUGUUAUUACUGUGUGUCAGGGCUGCCUGAGCCUCGUGCGGACCACGCCCACUGCUGUGUCGAGAUGGGAGUCGACAUGAUUGAGGCUAUUUCGUUGGUGCGAGAGGUGACGGGAGUUAACGUGAACAUGCGUGUGGGCAUUCACAGUGGGCGGGUUCACUGUGGGGUGCUGGGCCUUCGCAAGUGGCAGUUUGACGUCUGGUCCAAUGAUGUGACUCUUGCCAACCAGAUGGAGGCGGGGGGUAAAGCCGGGCGUAUCCACAUCACCAAAGCCACUCUGCAGUAUCUAAAUGGAGAUUAUGAGGUUGAGCCGGGACAUGGUGGGGAGAGGAACGCUUACCUGAAAGAGCACAACAUCGAAACAUUCUUGGUGCUGGGUUGUAGCCAGAAAAGGAAAGAGGAGAAAGCUAUGAUGGCCAAGAUGCAGAGGGCACGAGCAAACUCAGCGGACGGACCCAUCUCACACUGGGGGCAGGACCGAUACUCCAGAAACAAGGGCUCCAAAGUCUUAAGGCAGAUGGGCAUCGAUGAAGCUUCCAGCAAAGACAAUCGUUGUGCUCAAGAGGCACUGAACCCUGAGGACGAGGUGGACGAGUUUCUGGGACGAGCCAUUGACGCACGCAGCAUCGACCAGCUCCGGAAAGACCACGUCAAGAAGUUUGUCCUUACAUUUCAGACUCCAGAUUUAGAAAAAAAGUACUCCAAAAAGGUGGACGAUCGUUUUGGAGGAUAUGUGGCCUGCACGCUACUUGUUUUCUGUUUCAUCUGCUUCAUUCAGAUGACUGUGUUUCCAAGAACCCCUCUUAUGCUUGGUCUGUACAUCAGCGUCUUCAUUAUGCUUGUCAACAUCCUGUUUAUCUGUGCCAUUUACUCUUGUAUAAAACUUUUCCCUGCUGCCUUGCAGACUUUGACCAAGAAAAUAGUCCAGUCCCGUGCACACAGUACAUUGGUGGGGAUUUUCACUAUCCUCUUGCUGUUCAUCUCAUCUUUUGCUAACAUGUUCACAUGCAGUAGGGAGGAUCUGAAGGACUGUGUGGCUGGUGAGCUCAACACUUCUGUGGAUCUGACUCUGUGUCUGCUGCACAACCUGAGCACCAAGGCUGACGACGGGCUGACUCUCUGCUCCAGUCAGACCAUGCCCUGCCAUUUCCCUGAGUAUUUCAGCUACAGUGUGCUGCUGACCCUGCUGGCCUGCUCUGUGUUCCUCCACAUCAGCAGCAUUGGGAAGCUGGCUCUCAUGCUCUUCGUGCAGCUCUCUUUCCUGCUGCUGGUGGAGUGGCCUCAGGUGGCUCUGUUUGACAACGCAGACCUGCUCGUCAGCGCCAUCACCCUGCCUAGUUUCAAUGAAACAACAGAACAGUGCCUGGACAGUGUGAACAAAGUUCCCUUAAAGGUCAUGACCCCUGUGAUUCUUACUGUGUUUGUCCUGGCUCUGUACCUGCACGGCCAGCAGGUGGAGUCCACGGCACGUCUCGAUUUCCUUUGGAAACUGCAGGCUACAGAGGAGAAGGAGGAGAUGGAAGAGCUGCAGGCCUAUAACAGACGCCUGCUCCAUAACAUUCUGCCCAAAGAUGUGGCGGCCCACUUUUUGGCCCGAGAGCGGCGCAAUGACGAGCUGUACUAUCAGUCAUGUGAGUGCGUUGCCGUCAUGUUCGCCUCCAUCAGUAACUUCUCUGAGUUUUAUGUGGAGCUGGAGGCAAACAACGAGGGAGUCGAGUGUCUGCGCCUGCUCAACGAGAUCAUCGCCGACUUUGAUGAGAUAAUCAGUGAGGACCGUUUUCGUCAGCUGGAGAAGAUCAAGACCAUAGGCUCCACAUACAUGGCGGCCUCGGGCCUAAACGACUCCACGUACGACAGAGAGGGCCGCUCCCACAUCCUGGCACUGGCCGACUACGCCAUGAGGCUGAGGGAGCAGAUGAAGUACAUCAAUGAACACUCCUUCAACAACUUCCAGAUGAAGAUUGGUUUGAACAUGGGGCCAGUGGUGGCAGGGGUGAUUGGAGCCAGGAAGCCUCAGUACGACAUCUGGGGAAACACAGUGAAUGUGGCCAGCCGCAUGGACAGCACAGGAGUUCCAGAUUAUAUCCAGGUGACGACGGACUUGUACCAUGUGCUUUCCAGUCACGGAUACAAGCUAGACUGUCGCGGCCUGGUCAAAGUCAAGGGGAAGGGCGAGAUGACCACUUACUUCCUCACCAGCGGCCCCCAAGGUAGUUAACAACAGCGGACCAGAGCAUUACAGACACUGCAAACCCCUCCACUGCACUUAGAGGACACAGACUCCCAAAAAGAGUGGUCCAGUUGGCAUUAACCUCUGACGGAUGGCACGGAUAUGGUGGAGACACAAGAUGGCCGCCGGAGAUGACCCUCGUUUUUCUGGCAGGAGAAGAAGAUGCAGGAAGUGGUUUUAUGAGUGAAGACUUUCCCCUUGAGCUGCUUGAAAAGAGAUCACAAAAGCCCAGUUGCCUUAGGACGGAAGUGGCUAUGCUUUUAUGAGCAAUAGUACAAGAAUUUCAUCCAGAGUUUUUAUUUAUUUUCAUGGAUGGAUUUUUUUGUGAAUAUACUGUACACUACUUUAAAGAAAAUAUGCAAACGGAUACACGUGAAGGAUGACUAUGACCAAAGAACAAACAUUUGAUAUGAGAAGUACCAUAAUAAGUAAUUUAUUUCUCUUUUCACUGCAAAAGGCCACGGAAAAAUGUCUCAGUUGUGCCCAGAGACAUGAAAGAGCACUCAAAAAAUCAAAAUAAUAAUAAUAUUGGCUAGGAUGACUUUUAUUUUCCUAUCAGGGCCUUCUUUGUCUCUUCCUAGCCACUGUGGACACACAAAUGACUAUUUUCUUGGUGCACCGAAUUGUACGUUUGAUUUAUUGGAAAUUGAAGGAAAGAAAACAAAUUGUUUUAAAGUACAAUGGGGAGAUAAUGAAGAAGAGUUUUAGAUGUGUGAGUGGUGUAUGUAUGGAAUGCGAGCACAUGCAUCUGACAAGGGGCAUACUGUACUUGUUCACUGUGAGGUUUUUACUGUACGAAAAAACACUUUUGUUGCCAAACCAGUUGCUACAAGGCAUGUUUUAUAUUAUUCCUCAAAGUUAAAAUUGAUUUAUUAAGAUAAUUUGAGAAUAAUUACUACACAUGUUGCGACUUUUACUGGACUGUGAUUCCCUUCAAAUAGAUGAAGAAACCUAUGUUGUUUUUUUUCUCUCAGUGGCUUCAGUAUUGAUUGUAUGGAAAAAAAAAUAUGGUUCUGUUCACAAGUAUUGCCUUUCAGAAUAUGCAGUUUAAGUCCAUGUAUUAUUUUAUGGACCAAAAAUAACCACUUCCAACAACAGUAUUUGACAAAAGCUUGUUACAUUGGGCACUUGGAGGCGUGCCCCCCUCCCUCACUUCCCCAAUCUAAACAAUCACUAUUUGAAUGUACUUGUCCACUAUGAAGCUACUACUGAGGAAAACCACUCAUAUAAUUGCCUUUGGUACUGACAGAUGAGCAAAAUAAUUUAUGUUGGAAGUGAUUUUAUGUUAUAGAAGGCUUUAUAUUUUCUGUUUUCUACCUGAGCCUAAACUGUUGCCUUAUUGGCUAAAGAAGUCUCAUUUCUUCUGCUAGUUCCUCUGUGUCCUGGACUCGUCAGGUCAAUAAACCACUGUUGCAUUUUCUUUUAAAUCAACAGUCUAAGGAGUAGUGCAAUGAUUGGUUGAAUUAUUUUCCUCUCAACAAUAAAUGGCUUUUUUUA